AUGGGGGAGCAACCAAUUUUCACUUGCAACGCUCAUGUGUUCCACAUAGAUCCCAAAACCAAACGCACCUGGAUUACCGCUAGUUCGAAGGCCAUUGCCGUUAGUUUCUUCUAUGACUCUUCCCGCAAUCUUUAUCGCAUUAUCAGCGUUGAAGGGAGCAAGGCCGUUAUCAAUUCUACUAUAACACCGAAUAUGACAUUUACUCAAACAUCACAAAAGUUUGGCCAAUGGAGUGAUGUACGUGCCAAUACAGUUUACGGAUUAGGUUUCGCGUCAGAGGCAGAACUUGGUAAGUUUAUAGUAAAAUUUCAAGAAGUAAAGGAAGCUACCAAAGAUGCUCUGAAUAAGGCAACCGCAAACGGUAACAUGGCUGCUACCAAUAGCGGUGAUAUUUUUGAAUCCGCAAACUUGGAACCACCCUUAGCACCGGCAAGCAACAUUUCUGCGGUAUGUAUUAAAACGGACAGUCCUUCGCACAAUAAUGUAACUGAGACUAAUGCCAACAAUCUAAAUAGUGAGCUGAAGCAAUUGUCAAUUAACAACUCAUCGUCGAACGAAGGUACGAUAACUUCGACAUCGGAGCAACAGCUAAAAUACGAAAACGAAAGAUUGAAACUUGCACUAGCGCAGAGCUCUGCUAACGCCAAGAAGUGGGAGAUUGAAUUGGCCACUUUAAAGAGUAACAAUCUACGACUUACCAGUGCUCUGCAGGAAUCAACGGCGAACGUGGACGAAUGGAAGCGACAAUUGCAUUCAUAUAAGGAGGAAAAUCAAAGAUUAAAAUUGCGCUACCAGGAUCUGGAAGCUAGCAAGGAUGGUGCCACUGCCGCAGGCGGUGGUGCCAACGCCGCGGGGGUUUUAGCUUCUAGUGAGCUAACAGAAGAAUUACGGCGCGAAAUCGUAUCUCUAAAAUCCCGCAUUGAGGGACUAGAAACGGAACUCAUGAACCAGGAAGUGGAGCUAAAAGCAGCUAAUAAAACACUCAAGGAUAAGCAGAACGAUCCAAUGUUAAAACAAAUGGCAAACUUGUGCAACCAGUUCAGUUCGCAAGUUACCGAGCUGAACGGUGUUCAUAAGGAGAUGGAAAAACUGAUCCAGGCGCAGCACAAAUCUACUUGA